UUAUAAAGUUCAGCUGUGUCGUUUUGAUGAAGGAGAAAGAAACCUAAAGUUUCCUCUGCAUUUUUCUCCAGCGCCGCACGACGUUCUCCCUCCCUCUCUUCUUCGUUUGUUUUAUUUUCUCCCCUCCGUCUGGCAGCAGCUUUCCGCCACUUGUGGCACGCAACCCCUCUCCUCACCGACACCACUUCGGCUCCACAGCGUCGUUCGUGCAUCCCCUACCACCGUCCGACCAAGAUUCCAACCUCAGCCGCGCUCGACUCCCUCCCUCACCGUCUCUCUCUCUCUCGGCAGACCUAAAACACUACCCCGCAUCUCCCCUCCAACUCGCGCCGCCGUCACCUCCGCACCAUCCCUCAGAUACGGUAAGAGUAGAUCUCUCUUCUUUCUCUUUUCCCCCCUUCUCUCCCCGUCGGCUCCUCAUCCUCUCUCUUCCCGUCGCCGUUUGCCCUUUUAUUUAUUUUGCUCCACCGCGCCGCGACCACAUCAACCCCAUCACCGCCUUAGCCGUGCCAGCCCCUCGCCGCUGUCACGCCGACUCAAGCACGGCUGUCGCACGGUGACAUACUCCACCAAGCCGAUUGACCACCAUUUAGAAACUUCCGUUCCGCCACCAAAGCCCAAGCCCAGCCUCGUUGUACCUGUCACCGCAACGCCACUGUGAGCCUCACCACCACCACACGUCGAGCAAGCUACCACAGCAACCCCAACACUUUGAAUCAUCCCCAUCAGCCACUGAUUUCGGCUCAACCACCCAGAUUCACCACACUCCCUCCACAGUGCAGAUCUAAGCCCCCUCUCAAUCUCGUCCGCUUAUCGUCAGAUCUCUCAAGCCCUCCCUCCCUAGUCUUUUUCCGUGAGUUAGAGGAGAUUUUCCCCCUAAGCUCCGCCGUGCGCCGCCGCCACGCUCCGCCCCUCCCGACGCGACCGCUCGGCACACUGUUGCACACACGGGAUACCAUAGACAGUGCACUCGACCAUCCGAAAUUGCCUUCCGCUUUGACUUCGUAUUUUUGCCUUUUCUUUUAUUCAUAUGGCGGAUCCAGGUGAAAAUCAACAGCCUGAACAAGUCUGCAACUUCUUCAGGAAGCCAUCACGGAACAAAAACAUCAGAAAGCGAACAGUUGUUGAAGAUGAAGAUGAAGUGGAGGAUUCAAAAAUGGAAACCUCAUUCUUACACACUGAGAAGAAAACCUUAAAGCCCGAUAGUAAGCUGUACUUCUCUACUGGAUCCUCUAAGCACAAUACAUCAACGUCUGCUGAAGUGAAAAAGGAAUCUGACAGGCCAAUUUUUCAGUUUGAGUCUUCAAAGGAAAUUCAAGUUGAACAUGAUAGCAGAGCAACAGCAACUCUAGAAACUGAGACUGAGUUCUCAAGAGAUGCUCGUGCAUUUCGUGAGAAAGCUCUUAAGCAAGCAGAUGAGGCUUUGAAGGGUAAAGGAAAGAGCUCUGGGGAUGAAAAGCUUUAUAAAGGGAUCCAUGGGUAUACUGAUUUUAAGGCUGGGUUCCGAAGAGAGCAAACAGUGGCCAGUGAGAAAGCUGGUGGGGCACAUGGGCCUUUGAGGGCUUCUGCUCACAUAAGAGUUUCGGCACGAUUUGAUUAUCAGCCAGACAUAUGUAAGGAUUACAAAGAGACUGGUUACUGUGGGUAUGGAGAUUCAUGUAAGUUUAUGCAUGAUCGAGGGGAUUACAAGUCUGGAUGGCAGUUGGAGAAGGAUUGGGAGGAAGCAGAGAAAGCAAGGAAGAGAAAUCUAGCUUUGGGAGUAGAUGACGUGGGUGAAGGGGGUGCUGAUCCUGGUGAGGAAGAUGAUGACGAUUCUUUGCCGUUUGCAUGUUUCAUUUGUAGGCAGCCUUUUGUUGAUCCUGUUGUUACCAAGUGCAAGCACUAUUUCUGUGAGCAUUGUGCAUUAAAGCAUCAUGCGAAGAACAAGAAAUGCUUUGUCUGCAACAAGCCAACGCUUGGGAUUUUCAAUACAGCUCUUGAAAUUCGCAAAAGGAUGGCUGCAGAGAGUAAAUGACGGUUGCUCAAUGGUGAUCUUUGCUUUGUAACCUUGCUGCAGGGAGAAAGUUCAUCCUCGGUCUUUUUUUGUUUUUUCUAGGACUGUACAUUUAACUUGUCAACCUGAACCGACCCAAAAUUUUUGAAUUUGUCCACACCGAAUUACCUGACCCGGAAUGAAAUAAUCAAAAAUGGAAGAGUUCUGUUUUACUUCCGAAAUAUUACGAUUAGGGUCAGUUAAUACCCGAUAACCGAAAACUGGUCCAGUCCCCCUUUGAAACGGCUUCAUUUUACAUACUUCCUUGAUCCUUCCACAUAACUCUUCUCUCCGUCUGAAUUGAAUGCCAUUGCUCUGCGCCUCUAAUCUGCCUCUGAAAUCUGAAAACAAAUCACUGUGAGUCUGUGUUUACCGAUUACGAAUUCCAUUGCUCUCCCUCUCAGCUCCCCUUGCAGUCACAGCCCUAAGGAGGAUUUCUCUGACCGAAGUUGAGCCGGAUGGAACCCAAUGCUACUAUACCUUUGUUGGGGUCUAAAUCAAUCCCCGAUGUAAAGCAUUUGGACAGCUCUCUGUGCCGCCCAAGUUUGGAUAGCCAUCCACCUACAGCUAGUCCUAGUGGUUGCCCUCCUAUCACACAAAAUAUUUCGGGGUAGAUAAGAAGUAUGGCAGCAUUUUUGUAGGAUCAAAGACGAGGAUCAUAAUGCAUUUGGUUCAGUCAUGUUUUUGGGGAAUUUUGUAUCAUUUUGUGUGGUGUUUUGUAUCAUUUUGUCCAGCACUGAGCUUGCACUGCAUGCAGCAUUAUGAACCGUUCAACUCAAUGGAAUCUGGAUUCGACUCCAGAAUUAUGUAGUUUUCAUGUUUCUGGUC